UACAACCCAUCACAGCAAACGCGACGUGCAGAAAGUCAUCCACCAUCUGCGGAUCACAAUUUCGUUAAUUUUUCUAAUAUUCCCACCAUGAGUGAAGAGUUUAAACUGCCAAAGCGGUCACGUAAGCGUACGCGUGAUGUAAAACGUAAAGCCCGCCCUGAGCUCGAUGGAGAAAGCGCAUGGAUGGCGAUGCGGUAUUUUGAGAAGUUCGAGCCAUUUUGGGACUUCGUGGAUAACCUGGAAAGAAUCGACUAUAAAACGGUAACAUGUGAGGAGUUUAUUGAAAGGUUCGAACGCCCCUAUCUGCCCGUAAUAAUAACUGGCUGCGCAGACGGCUGGCUGGCGCAGGAAAAAUGGACACUCUCCCGCCUAGCGAAAAAAUAUCGCAACCAGAAAUUCAAGUGCGGCGAGGAUAAUGAAGGCUAUAGCGUUAAAAUGAAAAUGAAGUACUACAUCGAGUAUAUGCAAGCGACGCGGGACGAUAGCCCCCUCUACAUAUUCGAUAGCAGCUUUGGCGAACAUCAUCGUCGGAGAAAGCUGCUCGAAGAUUAUACGGUGCCUAAAUAUUUUCGUGAUGAUCUCUUCAAGUACUGCGGCGAGGAGCGGCGGCCGCCAUAUCGAUGGUUCGUCAUGGGUCCGGCUCGUUCCGGCACCGGCAUUCAUAUAGAUCCGCUGGGCACCAGUGCAUGGAAUACUCUAGUACGUGGCCACAAGCGCUGGUGCUUGUUCCCCACGCACACGCCUAAGGAUCUGCUCAAGGUUACUAGCGCCAUGGGAGGCAAGCAGCGAGACGAGGCCAUCACCUGGUUUAGUACCAUUUAUCCUCGCACUCAGCUGCCCUCGUGGCCACAGGAAUACAAACCCAUCGAGGUGCUCCAGUGUGCUGGCGAAACGGUGUUUGUGCCCGGCGGCUGGUGGCACGUUGUGCUCAACCUGGACGACACCAUUGCGAUAACGCAGAAUUUCUGUAGCUUUACGAACUUUCCAUGUGUCUGGCAUAAGACGGUACGAGGUAGACCCAAAUUGUCAAGGAAGUGGCUACGAGUGCUGCGCGAUCAGCGCCCGGAGCUGGCCCAGAUAGCCGAAAGUAUUAAUAUAAAUGAGAGCACAGGCUUCGCCUCCGAUAGUUCAAGCAACUCUAGCUCAUCCUCGUCGUCCAGCAGUUCAUCCUCAGACACGGACGCCGACUCAAAUACGGACAGCGGCCAGGAAAGUCUCACGGCAAAGAAAAAGAAGAAGCGGCGAAUGGCUGGUACCGAAGAUAGCGUCAGUGCGACGGUGCCCUCGCGCUCUUGAUGUCGGCACAAAGCGAAAAGAAACGGCCUCCUGCUGCGGCUGUUCCACCGUCAACUGUUUUUCUGUCGCCGUGUGCCACGUUGUCAAAGUCCGUGUGGUCAACAAUCCUGCCAGAACAGCUAGCAGGGCUAAUCCAGAACCCAAUCAAACCCUAAUUCAUGUUUUAGAAAUAUUUUUCUACAUAGACAAGUAAUAAACCGUGUUGCCGUUAGCAGCUUAAUGUUAGCUCCAAUAGUGUACUUUAUGUUUAUUGAAAGCCAGUUGAUCCGCCAAGGAUAAUUAGCCAACGACUUGAAUGCGACAUAAAUAAAUUCAAUAUAUUU